AUGCAUGUAAAACAAAAAAAGGAAAAUGCACAUUACAGUUACAGAUAAAGCGUAGCAGCGGCUACAAAUGUUUGAGACACAAAAAUUGAUUUGUUAGCAAAACCUUUUCCUUUUCCUUUUCCCUCUCUCUCUCUCUCUCUCUCUCUCUAGCUUUCAGGGAUCCUAAAGAUGGGACUAGCUCUGGGUUGUCUUCAAGUGGACCAGUCAACAGUAGCUAUCAAAGAAGUUUUUGGGAAGUAUGAUGAUGUGCUUGAACCUGGUUGCCACUUUGUGCCCUGGUUCUUUGGCAAUCAAGUAGCUGGUUACCUUUCAUUGCGUGUGCAGCAGCUAGAUGUUCGUUGCGAAACCAAGACAAAGGACAAUGUUUUUGUCACUGUGGUUGCAUCUAUCCAAUAUCGAGCACUGGCAGAAAAGGCAGUGGAUGCUUUUUACAAACUUAGCAAUACCAGAGAACAGAUUCAAGCCUAUGUCUUUGAUGUUAUCCGGGCAUGUGUUCCAAAGAUGGAACUAGAUUCCUCUUUCGAGCAGAAAAAUGAAAUUGCAAAAGCUGUUGAGGAAGAACUUGAAAAGGCAAUGUCUGCUUAUGGGUAUGAAAUAGUUCAGACUCUUAUUGUGGAUAUUGAACCAGAUGAGCAUGUGAAGAGAGCCAUGAACGAGAUAAAUGCUGCUGCAAGAAUGAGGUUGGCUGCAAAUGAGAAAGCUGAAGCAGAGAAGAUUCUGCAGAUCAAGAGGGCAGAAGGAGAUGCAGAAUCGAAGUAUCUAGCAGGACUUGGAAUAGCUCGUCAACGUCAAGCCAUAGUAGAUGGUCUGAGGGACAGUGUGCUGGCUUUUGCGGAAAAUGUCCCUGGGACAAGCUCAAAGGAUGUCAUGGACAUGGUUCUGGUGACCCAAUAUUUUGACACGUUGAAGGAUAUUGGUGCAUCCUCAAAAUCCAAUUCUGUUUUUGUUCCACACGGACCAGGUGCCGUCAGAGAUAUUGCUUCACAAUUUAGAGAUGGCCUUCUUCAGGGAAACAUGUCUCGGUCUUGAAGUCGUAUCACAUUAGUAGAACUAUUGGAGUUUAUCUUCUAAACUUUAUCGAUAUAAAAUUUUUAAUUUUGUCUAUGGCUUUUGAGUUUUUUAACUAGUUUGGUUUGUUUGUAUGCCCUUCCAUACCCACUGUCUUUCUGUCCUUGUCGUAUUCUUUUUAAAGUUGUGAAUAGUCAAAUAUAGUACUGUUAUUUUUUAUUUGGAA